AUGGCGGAAGUCUUUGAAAUGAUUGAUCUUGGAUUAAUGACCUUUUUCCUGGGAAUGGAAGUAAAGCAGGAUGAACAUGAAAUCUUCAUUUGUCAAAGGAAAUAUGCCAAAGAGAUUUUGAAGAUAUUCAAACUUAAUGAAUGCAAAAAAGUCAGCACCCCUAUGAAUCAAAAAAUGAAGUUAUGCAGAGAUGAUGGCAUUGAUAAAGCUGAUGAGGGGUACUUUAGAAGUUUAAUUGGAUGCUUGAUGUAUCUUACAUUAUCACGGCCUGAUAUUUUAAAUGCUGUGAGUAUCUUAUCUAGGUUCAUGCACUGUGCAACUGAACUACACUUGAGAGCUGCUAAAAGGGUGGUAAGAUAUAUCAAAGGCACAUGUGAUUUUGGUGUGAAAUCACUCGAUGCAAGGAUUUCAAAUUGGUUGGUUUUUCUGAUAGUGACUGGGGAGGCUCUGUCGAUGAUAUGA